CUAAGCGAAAGUAAACAAACAGGGUGCCAUAAAUAUGCCAUAAUUAUUUUUGUAAAAGCACCAAACGUUGGUGCAGUAAAGUUCGAUGCACAAACAGACACAUUUGAAAAUAUAUUCUCCCGCGUUCAAGCACGUAACGAACGGUGGGCCUAGGGGGGCAUAUUAUACCCCUCGCAAAUUAUUUGUGCCUUCUCACCCUGUGUAGUUCGCUUGAACUCGUGUGGUUGUCUUUAAAUCUGGUAUACCUACAAGCUGUUCCACAAUGAAUGCCGACUAUCUAUACUUGUACAUCAAAAAGGAGACCUCGGAAUAUUGUCUUAUUUUUAAAUUCUGUAUAUCUACACCUCUUACACCUAUGUCCUGUAGAGUGAAAUGCUCGGCAAUAGAGGCUACAUACACACCGCGCACUACUUACCUCAUGAUGUCGAAUAAUUUAAUUGUGCUUCUCAGUGGCAAAAGAAAAACUGGAAAAGAUUAUAUAUCGGAAAAAUUAUUAAAGGCGAUUGGAGAAGACAAAUGCGCCAUCGUAAGAAUUUCGGAACCUAUCAAAAGUCAAUAUGCGAAAGAACACAAUCUGGAUUUAUCAGAGUUGAUGAGUCCUAACAAGUACAAAGAGGAAUAUAGGAAGCAAAUGAUCAUAUGGAGUGACCAGGUACGGAGCCAAGAUCCCAGUUACUUUUGUAAAAUUGCAUGUAGUGAAGCCGUGCCCAAACCCAUAUGGAUUGUGAGCGACAUUCGGCGAAAAACAGACAUCAAAUGGUUUAAAGCAACUUACGGUGGACAAAUUAGGACUGUACGAAUAUCUGCAACUGAGCAGACUCGUGUUAAUCGGGGAUUUGUCUUUACUAAAGGUGUGGAUGAUGUAACUUCGGAAUGCGAUCUAGAUGAUUACACCGAAUGGGAUUUGUGUGUCGCCAAUGAUAGCAGCGAGGAAUGUGACUGUGUAAUUAACAAAAUUUUGAGCUUGAUCAAUAUUGUAUAAGCUAUUCCAUUCAUUUUUUCAAUUACUUUUAGGCUAUAGAUAUUAUUUCUAUCAUAAACACACCAUAUUUGUCCAUUUGGGACACGAACGGUUAUUAUUUGACUAUUUGUUUAUGAGGUAUUACUGAAUGUGUAGAUUUAUACACCUUCAUUAUAGGUAUCUGUAAUAGCAUGAAAGUAUGACAUAAUUUCUGACCAUUUUUAUUAUUAUUUGUACCUACAUAUACCAGUAUUGUACUUAAAAGAUUAACAAUGGUGUUAGAUAGGUAGGUAAUAUCAUGAUAGAAAUAAAUAGUAUGAUAUUGCGCAUGUGGGCGGAGUUAUGGGAACGCCAGGUGACGUCACGCGGUGAAUUAGUUUGCAAAAAAUGCGGUGUUCAGUGGUUGGAUGUACUACAGCUAAUGGAUUAAAACACUUUUCAAGUGAUUUAAUGUUUUUUUUGGAUCCCGAAUGAUGGAAAUUUUCAAAAGCGUUGGCUUGUAAAUGGGCAGGUCACAUUAACGUGAAAACUUUUUUUUCUCCCUAAACCAAUUAAGAAAUGUUGAUAUUUUCAGUAGAAUUUAGUAAAAAAUUUAAAUUCAAAUUUUAAGUUCCGCGUGACGUCAUUCGUGGACUGGACGAAUUUAAAUCGGAAAUCUUGCAUGUAUGAAUGACAAACUUGUGCAGAGUUCCACUUUUGUUUAUUAUACUGUGUCCAGUUUUAUGGAUUGUGGCAAAAUUUAUUAAGAUUUAAUUUAUUGAGCAAUUGAAACAGAAAAAAAAACAGUGCAGUUCUGUAAUAAUUCACAAUCAUCGCAUAUAUUUUAUUAUUUACAUUCAUGUUGUAAACAGGGUGUUGGUCUGGUAACUAAAUAGAUCGGUUGUGGCAAUUAAAUCAUUUAUUUAAUAGUUUGUCUUACAAUUCAAAUUAAGAGCAUUUCUUUCGAGACUCCUCACAACUUAAUCGAAUGCAGUUUACUGAAUCUCGUUUAAGCAACUACUGUAAAUUAUAAUCACUUAAAUGGGCGAGAUGAAAUUUCUAAACUAAUACUUCUAAUUAACCCCCAUUGACCCAUGGAAUUUCUCAGGUCAGGCGAACAGGUCCCUUAUCAACUGAUACCGGCGCAAACCUGCAUGGCCUUGCAGUUUGAAUACUAGUUUUAAAUUGACAUAGGAAACCAAAAUCAUCUAAUAAUUACUUAACGGGACUGAAAUUCUAAAAUAUUAAUUCGUACUUUCGGACGCAACAAAGAUAAUUGAAAUAUCUUGACGGAAACGGUUGCAAACGGCGAAGUAAUUACAUCUUUUGUUGCUUUUCUGGGAAAAAAAGGAUUGUCAAUUAUUUUUAGAAUCAAAGAUACUAUGGUAAACCCAUUCAUUGAACAUGAUAUUUGGUUACACAGUUGGUUAUAUCAAUAUUAUUUUUGAUUUAAAAAGAAAUUAUUCCUAAUUGUUGUCAGAAUACUUUGUGAUGACCAAUAUAUAAAGUUAUUGAUUAUAAUUGUUGUUCAACUGUUGAUAUCUCACAUUCUUAAUUUACUAGAUAUCUUAUAAGGGAUCUACAUUAUCAUCAUUAAGCGUUGCCCCAUAAUGCAAUUCAUUGUCUUUUAUGUAUGCCCAUGACAUGUGCUCUGUGCUAAACCCAAUUCCAACAUCUCCAUCUUUGGAAAGGGUGAUAGCACCGGCUGUGUUAUGUAAACGUUCUGUCAUUCUCUGAACACAAUCAGUUGUUGCCUUCUGUGCAGUUUUUCCGUACUCCAUGUCUCUUAUAAUAGCAUGAGCUAAACAGAAUUUAGCCACGGUUUCACCAUGACCGGUUGUCGAAACUGCCCCCACAUUGUCGUCAGCAUAUGUUCCACUACCUAUCAUACAUGUAUCACUGCUACGACCGACUAGUUUCCUAGCUCUGCCGCCUGUAGAGGUCGCUGCAGCUAAACGACCUGACUCGUCUAUUGCCAGGGCGCCAACAGUCUCUCCGGCGAUUUCCAGUUUUUCUUUUUCCCAAUUCCUCUUUCGCCGAUCGGUAACUAAGCAACCAGAAGGCAAGAGUGGAACGCCUUGUUCGCGAGCGAACCUUUCUGCACCAUCUCCGGCUAGUAAAACAUGAUCUGUUUUUUCCAUAACAAGACGGGCCAAGCUAAUAGGAUGUUCUAUGUUCUUUACAACGGUUACAGCACCGGCGGAUAAAUCAGAACCCACCAUAACACUAGCAUCCAUUUC